AUGGAUCAUCAACAUUCUUCUUCACAUCAAAACGAAAAUGACAUUUCUACCGCCGUCUGUAGAAUAUGUCGUGGCGAGAACUCCGAAUCAGAACCUCUUUUCCAUCCAUGUAAAUGCAGUGGUAGCAUAAAAUACGUCCAUCAAGAUUGUCUCAAAGAAUGGAUUGAAAAAUCAAAUAAGCAUAUGGUUUGCGAUCUUUGCAAUACCAAAUUCAAAUUCUCAAAAGUGUACAAAUCUGAUAUGCCAUCAAAAAUCCCUCUGGAUAUCAUAACCAAAAACGCACUCUCAACUUUAAAACACACUCUCCUAUCAACAAUCCCCAAAACCCUCCAAACCAUCUUUGCCAUCUAUCUUUGGCUUCAUGUCCCUAUUAUCAUUCGGCAAUCUCUUACCCUCACCCUCUCUUUUGCCCAUACUCUAGUCAUUAACCCUAAGCCCCGCCAAUUCAAACAGAAACCUUUAACUCAAGAUUAUGCCAGAUCAGUCACAUAUCACUGGUCUCAGUUUUUCAUUGAUCCACGUAAAAUUUACCACUUUUUUUCAAAGCCCUCGGCUACUACCACAACUGCAACAACAUCAACUCCCACCGCAUCAACACAAGAUUUAUUAUCUCCACCUGACAGCCUUAACUUUUACCUCCAAGGAUGUGCUCUCAUUUUCUUUUUCAUUGUGCUUUAUCUCGCAAUUUCAAUGCUCAGAUGGGCGGUCCAGAGCGAAAUUGAACGCAUUACUGAAAAUGGUACAACCCUGAAAAAUUUCCUUGGUAUCGAGGAAAUGGAACAACAACUUCUUGAAGAGGAAAAAUCAAAAAUCAAAAUGCAGGAAGCCAUGCUUGAAAACAGAAUGAAUACUGAAUUAAGUAUUGCAGCAGCAGCAAUUGCUCGCGAUCACAAAAAUCAUACCCCGUUAACAAUAAACAAACCAAACUCUUUAAGAUCUACAAGGAACGUUUUUAAUGACAUGUUUCGCAGAUACUUUACAGAUCUUGCAGGCCUGAGCACUACCAAAAUAAUGACCUCUACCUCUCUUGCACCUCUUUGGCGCCCAGUCAUUUACCAAUAUUAUGUCAACCGCAUCAGCGAGUACAAUUACAUGGCGGCCCUGAUAAAGGACCCUAACGAGAAAUUCUUCCCUAAAUCACGCCUCGCUGCCCUUGCGGCGGAAAAGUCUAACAUGACCCCAGAAAAACUUAAACAAUACCAAAACCUUCUUCAAAGCUUGGUGGACGAAAAACUUCAGCUUCGUCAAACCAUUUUAUUUUUCCGCAUUGCAGAAGCAAUCAUACCCCCAGAAAAAUAUAAAGAAUAUUUCAAGGAUUAUCAAGAAAUCGUUUCCAACUGGAACUUUUUUUCGGAUACUUUUUCAUAUCAUGAUCAAAUUCAGGAAACUCACUUAGAACAAACUCCACUUGAUAUUCUUAUCACUGAUGUCAUUAGUUAUCUCGACAACAGACCAACACAAAAAACCCAAACAGUUGAAGCGCUUCACCACAUGCAGAUUAUUGUACGCUUUAAAAUGACAAUUAAACAGAUGUUCAUUGGUGCCUUUACUCAGCAACUAAAAUUAAAUCAACAACAACAACAACAACAACAACCAGAUAAUACUAAAGGUUGGCCACUGUUUCUUCGUCCUGGUGUUCUCGGAGCUUAUGAGCUGUUUCAAAAAAGUCUUUUAAAAUCUCGCAAAAUGUUUCGCGAAAACACACUCAAUGCUCUUCAAGAAUUACCAAUUGACAAUUUAAUUGAGAAUUACUUAACAAAAGAUUCAUCGACCGAUGACGGCGUUAUAAAUACUAAUGUUGAUUUUGACUUUUAUUAUAAGGCAUUCAAGGAAGCCGUUAAUGGAACUACUGUUUAUAUGUCUCCCAAGGUGAAGGCCAACAUUUUGACUACAGAUCCCAAUGAAAUGCCUGGAUUUGAUGAUGUUUACGAACAGUAUGGACACGAGUUUCGAGCUCAGGAAGAAGAUUUUACCGACCAACUUCAUAAUGAAAAUGAAAAUGAAAAUGUCAUGAACAAUAUUCCAGGCCAGUUCCGGCCUGGCGAUUUUGUUGCCGACGAUGACUUUGAGGCUGACAACCUUGAUCUAGAAGACCUACGUGAUAUUGCAAACUUUCUCAGUAUCACUGGGCCCCUCAAGGCCUUGCUUUUCAAGUUUGCUCUUACAGUAGCCCUUGGCUUUACCAUUAACUUUAUUGGUAUAGGCGUUCCUUACACUUUUGGAAGCUGUUGUUUUGUUGGUAUUGGCUUCCUUGUUGUUGGAACUAUUGACCUUUCUAUUUCUCUCGGAAAUAAAGUUGCUGAUAUGAUACUCUCUCGCUUUUUCCACAUUCUUGCUGGGUUUGUUGAAACCAAAAAGGAUUAUUAUCUGGCACUCUCUGCAAGGUACUGGUUGGAGUCUCAAAACCAAGCCCGUUUGGGAUCUUUCCUUUGGAGAUUUUUAUAUCAAGCUUAUGCUCCAUACCCUCACUCCUUUUUCUACUCGGUCACAUACAUCUUUACUGGCUUGGCAACUGUCAUUGCCAUUGGUUCUUACAUUGCCUAUGGUUCUUUCCGAAUCGCUCAGAACAUUACCAACCGUCGCACUGAAAUUGCCAUUAUUGAAAAUCUUCGUAUCUUUGGCUUGCUUGUUAAGGUUGUUAUAAUUACUGGAAUCGAACUCUUCUUUUUCCCCAUGAUGUGUGGCCUUUUGAUUUCUUGGGCACUUUUACCAAUUCUCCCCUCAAUCACUAUUGCCGAUACUAUGAAAUUUGCUCUUGACUGGCCUUUCAUUAGUCCCUUUGUCUUUUGGGGCUUGGGUACCUUGUAUAUGUUUCAGUUUGCUUAUUAUGUCAGUAUGUGCCGUGGUAUUAUGCGACCAGGUGUGCUUUACUUUGUUCGGGAUCCCAACGAUCCAAAUAUUCACCCGGUUGGCGAUAUUAUGGAACGUGAUAUUGUUUCCCAACUUGGAAAAAUUGGCAUUUCGGGUCUUAUUUACACUGCAUUGAUUUUACUCUGCAUCGGUGGUGUGGUGUGGUCUUUCCGUUAUGUUUUGGACUUCUCCUUUAUUCCCCUGACAAUGGAUCUCUCACCAGAGCUUAUUUCUCCCGGAAUUUAUUUGAACUUGUGUAUCAUUAGUAUUGCUCCAUUAUUGGCCAUCUCUCAGUACUUCAAGCCAGUAGCAAUUAUCCGCAAGCUAUGGACAAACAUUUUUGGAAAAGCUUGUCAUGCUCUUCGUCUUUCCUCCUUUAUUCUCAAUAAGCAAGUUCCUAUUGAACAAGGAUCUGUUCACUAUGGUAGUUUUAAGGCAUGGUUCAAGAAUGUUAAGCCUGACUACUCCAGCCCUAAAAAACCAGAGGAUCUUAAAACCAUUCCUCCUGAUUCCGCUUACUUUGUCCCCGAUGGAUGCUUUGUUCGUGCUCCGGCGUCAGAUAAUGCAGUCGUUCAGUUGAACAAUGACUUGAACCAUGGUCAAAAGGAUGGCAAGAUUAAAACAAAGCUUUUCCUUGUUGUUACAAAGGAUGACGAGCGGCUGGAUGGUCUUGAAGAUACUGAUAAUGACUUGAAAAACUAUAAUAUUGUCUACUGCCCUCCCCAUUUUCGAUGGAAAACAGCCGGGUUUCUUUCAGUGAUUUGGCUCUUUGGCAGCUUGAUUGUAUUUUCUGUUACUGGUCUUCCAAUAAUUAUUGGUCAAAUGCAGUUGCGCCUAUUACACCAGGCUACCACUGAGCAAAUUCAAAAGAAUACAUUACUAUGUGGAAUUGUUGGGUUCCCAUUUGCCAUAAUGGGCAUCACCGUGAUUGAUCAGUAUAGUAACAUUAAGGCUUGGGAACUACAAGUACGCGCUAGACAUGGCCACAUUUAUCGCAAUUACAAAAACCUGGCCAAACUGGUUUUUAAGUACUUUGCUCUAGGAUUGGCUUACACUGUUCUUGUCCCCUCUUUGCAGAUUUGGCUGAUUAUCACAGUUUUGGUUGAACCCAUUUUAGUGUUUACAUCCUAUCAUGCGCUCAUUACUAUGCGCUUUAAGCUUGAUAUUGCCUUUAUUCUCUAUGCCGUCUACCUUAACCUUCUUGUCUAUGCCUUACGGUCUAACCAGUGGGUCCCGAUUUUGAGCAAUAAUAUUGCCAAGGUGCUUGCGCCCAACCCUGCUGACGGAAACCUUCAGGGAGGCCCAUGGUCUCCAAAUGCAUUUGUUCCGUACAAGACAUUUGUGUCUAAGCUUUUAAUGCAGUUUGGCGUGAUUAAUGCACUUGGUUGGGCGGUUGGAAAGGGUGCGCACUAUGCUAUGUCAUCACCACUAGUCCCCGAGGUUAUUCAGCAUUCACCAGUUAUUCCUACGUUGGCUCAGUAUCCGUUUGUGGGUAUCUUUGCUCUUUUCUGUGUAGUUUAUUGCAUUGUUGCGGUCAUUAUGUUGGCCCGUGUUCUAUUCAACAAGUUCCGCGACGAUGAAUAUUUGGUUGGUGUUCAAAUUGAGAAUUUGAAUGGAUGA